UUUGAAUAUUGUUGGCAAACGACGACGAGCAUUCGCUUUUUACGAUGUCGGGCCGCCCCGGAAAACCAGACCUCUCAGGUUACAACUACAGCGCGAUCUCGUCGCUCGUCCUCACCGCAGACCGCUCUGCACUUCCACGGCGGGACCGCGAACCAGAUGGCGCCCCCACUUCGCUGGCGGGUAAAAUUGACCCUAGGGAAAUGGGAUCUCGUGUACAGCGCUCUGCACCAAAGGACGUCGAGAAGAAGAAGAAAAAGGCUGACGGUACUGCAGUGGGGAGGGAUGCUCUCGACAAAGCAGUUGCGUCGCGAAAACGUUUCGACGCCGGCCUGGGUUUCGCCGAUAUUAUCGAAGCGACUCAGGAUGUAGAAGGUCUACGCUACCGUCCCCGCACUGCGGAGACACGGGAAGUGUACGAGCUCAUGCUGGCAGCUGUCCAUCAGGCUCUUGGCGACCAGGCCAACGACAUCAUUCGGAGUGCUACAGACACCAUCCUCGAGACACUUAAAAACGACUCUUUGAAGGACUUCGACAAGAAAAAGGAAAUCGAGGAGAUCAUGGGCUCAAUCUCCAAUGACGCCUUUGCUCCGCUCGUGGCACUAUCGAAGAAGAUCACCGAUUAUGGCGCCGAAGAAGAGACUAUGGCGGACCCAGAUAUCGAGAGGAGGGAUGCUGGCAUUGACGAUGAGAUCGGCGUCGCGGUGGUGUUCGACGAGGAGGAGCAAGAGGAUGAAGAGGACGAGGGUUACGAAGUUCGGGAUGAGUCCGACGACGAAGAGGCGGAGGAGACUUCCCAACAAGCCGAAGAGGGCGCAAAUGAAGAUGAAGACCUCAUCGUCGGCGGUUCUGCCUCAGCACCCUCCAAAGCUCAAACUGACAAGGACAUCGUAUCACCGCACGCUAUUGACGGUUUCUGGUUGCAGCGCCAGAUCUCCGAGGUAUUUCUAGACCCCGUUACUGCAGCAGACAAGGCUGCUUCGGUGUUUGGUGUUCUUGAUUCAGAGUCUAGUCUUCGCGACUGCGAAAACCAACUCAUGGAACUUUUCGAGUACCAAAAUUUCAACGUGAUCACCAGGUUCUUGAAGAACAGGGACGUCAUCGUUUGGUGUACAAAGUUGAUACGGUCCACUGCGGAUAGCCGAGUAGAUGUGGAGACUGCCAUGCGCGAAAGGGGUGUCGGGUGGAUUUUACGCGAGCUAGAAGGAGACAGACAGGUGAAGAGAACUCGUGAUGAUGCCAUGGACGUCGACAAACCAUCUGUCGCCGCCGUACCCAAAACAGCUACCAUUGCCCCUGGCUCAACGCUACAGCCGAAACAUACUGUUGACCUCGAGAGCAUGGCUUUCAGCCAAGGUGGUCACCUCAUGACUAACAAGAAAUGCAAGCUUCCUGAUGGGUCGUUCAAACGUUCACGCAAGGGUUUUGAAGAGAUUCAUGUACCCGCUCCGCCAAAGAAACCUGUCCGCGACGACGAGUUCAUUUCGAUCGAGAAGCUUCCCGGGUGGGCAAGGGCUGCAUUCACCGUACCGAAGUUGAACAGGGUGCAGAGCAAAUUGUUCCCGGUUGCAUUUGGCACUGAUGAGCCUAUUCUGCUUUGUGCACCGACUGGUGCAGGCAAGACUAAUGUUGCGAUGCUCACUAUUCUUAACGAGCUCGCUAAAUACCGGAAUGAUGAAACCGGUGAAUUUGCCCUCGACGCCUUCAAGAUUGUCUACGUUGCUCCAAUGAAGGCACUAGUCCAAGAGAUGGUUGGCAACUUCACCUCGCGGUUGUCAGUGUUCGGCAUCAAGGUUGGCGAGCUUACUGGCGACUCUCAGAUGACGAAGCAGCAAAUUGCCGAGACGCAAAUCAUAGUCACGACGCCGGAGAAGUGGGACGUCAUUACGCGCAAGAGCACCGACAUGUCGUACACGAAUCUCGUGCGCCUCAUGAUCAUAGAUGAGAUUCAUCUGCUGCACGAUGAGCGCGGCCCCGUCUUGGAGAGUAUUGUUGCUCGGACCAUUCGCCGCAUGCAACAAACGGGAGAGUAUGUGCGACUUGUCGGGCUGUCUGCGACGCUUCCCAACUACCAAGACGUUGCGACGUUUUUGCGUGUCGACGAGAACAAAGGCCUAUUUUAUUUCGACGCUUCGUACCGACCCUGUGGCCUUCAACAGCAGUUUAUCGGCGUCACGGAGAAGAAGGCAAUCAAACGUUUCCAAGUAAUGAACGAAGUGUGCUAUGAAAAGGUGCUCGAUCAGGCAGGCAAGAAUCAGACACUCGUUUUCGUUCAUUCCAGGAAGGAGACGGCCAAGACAGCGAAGUUCAUCCGUGAUAUGGCAAUGGAAAAGGAAACGAUUACGCAGUUUGUCCGGCCUGAUUCGGCGACGCGAGAGAUCCUUACCACGGAGGUCGGUAACGUGAAGGAUCCCAACCUCCGCGACUUACUUCCCUUCGGCUUCGCCAUACACCAUGCGGGUAUGACUCGCGAGGAUCGUACGCUUGUGGAAGACCUCUUUGCUGAUGGCGCGGUGCAAGUGCUUGUCUGCACGGCAACGCUCGCUUGGGGUGUCAACCUACCUGCGCAUACAGUCAUCAUAAGGGGGACCCAGAUUUAUAACCCUGAAAAGGGUCGGUGGGUUGAAUUAUCACCGCAAGACGUGCUCCAAAUGCUUGGCCGUGCUGGGCGACCCCAAUAUGACACGUUUGGCGAGGGUGUUAUCAUAACGAAUCACGCUGAACUUCAGUAUUAUUUGAGCUUGCUGAACCAGCAGCUGCCAAUCGAAAGCCAGCUGGUGUCAAAGUUGGCAGAUAAUCUGAAUGCGGAAAUUGUUUUAGGUACGGUGCGAAACAGGGAUGAGGCGGUACAGUGGUUGGGAUACACAUAUUUGUACGUCCGUAUGCUCAGGUCACCUGGCUUAUACGGUGUCGGCGUGGACUACCAAGACGACGAGGAGCUCGUCCAAAAGCGAGCCGAUAUCAUACAUUCUGCGGCGGUUCUCCUCGAGAAAUGCCACUUGAUCAAGUAUGAACGAGCUUCGGGCAGGUUCCAGAGUACGGAACUGGGACGAAUCGCUUCGCACUACUAUAUCACACACAGUUCAAUGGCAACCUACAACCAGCACCUACGUCCAACGAUGUCGAUGCUGGAGCUCUUCCGUGUGUUUGCGUUGUCCAACGAGUUUAAACUGCUACCUGUUAGGCAGGAGGAGAAGCUGGAGCUGAGCAAGUUACUCGAGCGUGUACCUAUUCCUGUGAAAGAGGGCGUGGAUGAACCAGCAGCCAAGAUCAACGUACUCUUGCAAGCGUACAUCUCGCAGCUGAAGCUCGAAGGUUUCGCACUCGUUGCGGAUAUGGUGUUUGUGCAACAGUCUGCUGGACGUAUCCUGCGUGCAAUGUUCGAAAUCUGUCUCAAGCGCGGGUGGGCCGUGCCAGCUCGGGCAUGCCUUGCCCUUUGCAAGAUGGUCGAAAAACGAAUGUGGGGGUCGAUGACGCCGCUUCGACAGUUCAAAGGUGUCCCGCAAGAAGUCGUUAGAAAGGCGGAGGGUAAACAAUUCCCAUGGUAUCGCUACUUUGACCUCGAGCCCCCUGAAUUGGGAGAGCUGAUCGGCAUCCCCAACGCGGGUCGCCUCGUGCAUCGGCUAGUACACAGUUUCCCUAAGCUACAGCUACAAGCUCAAAUCCAGCCCAUCACGCGUUCCCUCAUUCGUAUUGAUCUCACCAUCAUUCCUGAUUUCAAGUGGGACGAGAAGAUCCACGGUACUACAGAGGCCUUCCAUAUUCUAGUGGAGGAUGUUGACGGCGAGAUUGUCCUCUUCCAUGAUACUUUUGUUCUCCGUCAACGCUACGCAGAGGGCGAGCACAACGAGCACAACGUCACGAUAACCGUACCCAUGUUUGAACCGGUGCCUCCCAAUUAUUAUAUCUCGGUCGUUUCGGAUCGUUGGCUGCACGCAGAGACGCGCCUCCCUAUUUCAUUCAAGCAUUUGAUAUUGCCGGAGAAAUUUCCACUGCCAACGCCCCUGCUCGACCUCCAACCAUUGCCUUUGUCCGCGCUGCACAAUAAGGAGUUCGAGAACAUCUACUCCUCGACAAUCAAAACGUUCAACAAGAUUCAAACGCAAGUUUUCCAAGCGUUAUACACGUCCGAUGAGAACGUCUUCAUUGGCGCACCCACUGGUAGCGGGAAGACGGUCUGUGCCGAAUUCGCGAUGCUACGAUUGUGGAGUAAGCGGGAUGGUUCACGUGCGGUUUGUAUCGAGCCGUACCAGGAGAUGGUGGACCAACGCGUCGUUGAAUGGCGUCGCAAGUUCAGCGGCGUUCAAGGCGGCAAAGAAAUUGUGAGCUUAACCGGAGAGAUGAGUGCGGACUUGCGUUUACUGGAAAAAGGGGAUGUCAUUAUAUGCACACCAACCCAGUGGGAUGUCCUUUCCCGAAGAUGGCGACAAAGGAAGAAUGUGCAAACAAUUGCCCUUCUCAUUGCAGAUGAAAUUCAGUUGGUUGGAGGCGAGGUUGGCCCUACCUACGAAGUCAUCAUCUCGCGGACACGAUAUGUCUCCGCACAGACGGAGAUUAAGACGCGUAUCGUUGCAUGUGGUGUGUCCCUUGCAAAUGCCCGUGACCUUGGCGAGUGGAUAGGCGCUCCUUCACAUGCAAUCUUCAACUUCUCGCCGAGCUCAAGACCUCUUGACAUGGAUAUCCAUUUGCAGAGUUUCAACAUUCCUCACCAUCCAUCACUGAUGAUCGCUAUGUCCAAGCCGGCGUACCUAGCUAUGGUCGAGUACGCACCGACAAAACCCGUUAUUAUCUUCGUCCCCUCGAGAAAACAGUGUCGCCUGACAGUUGACGAUUUGUUAGUCCACUGCGCAGCAGAUAGCGACCCGAAGCGCUUCCUGAACAUAGAAGAGGCGGAUUUGCAACCCCACCUGGAUCACGUUAACGACAAGGGUCUUGUGGAGUGCUUGAAAGACGGUAUUGGUUACUAUCACGAGGCAAUGGACAAGCAGGAUAAACGCAUUGUCGAACGGCUGUUCCAGUCUGGCGCUAUUCAGGUUUUAGUCGUCUCCAAGGACACGGCAUGGAGCCUUCCCGUUGCAAGCUACAUGGUCAUAAUCAUGGGUGUCCAGUAUUAUGAAGGGAAGGAGCACCGUUAUGUUGAUUACCCUGUGAUGGACGUCCUACAAAUGAUGGGCCGUGCCUGCCGACCCACAGAAGACGAGCGGAGUCGGUGUGUGUUGAUGUGUCAGCAGACACGCAAGGACUUUUACAAGAAAUUCCUGGCGGAGGGGCUACCCAUCGAGUCGCAUCUUCCUACGCACCUUCUCCACGACUACUUCCUUGCGGAAAUUGCUGUCAAGACCAUUGAGAACAAGCAAGAUGCGAUGGAUAUCCUCACGUGGACAUUCUUCUACCGCCGAUUGACGCAAAAUCCGAAUUACUAUAAUCUGCACAAUGUCAACCAUCAACAUCUUUCCGAUCACCUGUCCGAACUUGUAGAGAACACGUUGCAAGAUCUUACCGAAUCUAAGUGUAUCGCAAUUGAAGAUGAAAUGGAUGUCUCUGCGCUCAACCUUGGCAUGAUCGCUGCGUACUACAACAUAUCUUAUGUCACGGUCGACGUGUACACGUUGUCACUAAAAGAGCGUACGAAGCUCAAGGGAUUGUUGGAGGUGGUUUCUUCGUCGGCAGAAUUCGAAGCGAUUCCCAUCCGCCGACACGAAGACGUGGUACUUCGCCGGAUAUACGACCGUGUUCCCGUUAGGCUUGAGCUCCCAGAUUUCGAGGCACCGCGCUUUAAGACGUUCCUUCUACUUCAAGCUCACUUCUCGCGCAUUCAGCUCCCGGCGGACCUCGCUGCCGAUCAAGUGCUUGUUCUGGAGAAGGUGCUGAACUUGCUUUCUGCAUGUGUAGACGUCAUGUCGUCCAAUGCUUGGUUAAAUGCCUUGGGGGCUAUGGACCUGUCACAAAUGUGUGUGCAAGCAAUGUGGGAAACGGAUUCUCCCCUGAAGCAGAUUCCUCACUUCGACACCGAGGUAAUCAAACGCUGCAAGGAGGCAGGUGUCGAGUCCGUUUAUGAUGUCAUGGAGAUGGAGGAUGACAAGCGGAAUGCAUUGCUGCAAAUGGAUAUGCGACAGAUGCGUGAUGUCGCCAUGUUUGUCAACUCAUACCCCACUUUGGAUGUCUCCUACGAACUUGUGAAAGGCGAAUACACAGCUGGCGCGCCCAUCUUGAUGCAUGUCUCGCUUGCUCGAGACGCCGACGAAGAGAACGCCGAUGAUGACCAAACCGUUGUAGCACCGUUCUAUCCCCUGAAGAAGAUGGCAAAUUGGUGGCUAGUGAUCGGGGAGCCUAGCACGCGCCAACUACAUGUCAGCAAGAGCUUGACCGCGAAACUGGAGUUUGCUCUGCCUAAGGGGGCACACUCGCUCAAGUUAUACGUCAUUUGCGACUCAUACGUUGGCGCAGAUCACGAUUUGAGCAUUGAUCCCAUCGACGUUGCUGAGGGUGAGGAGAGUGACAGCGAUGAAGAUGCCAGUGACGAGGAUAUGGAAGAAUGAUGUAUUGGGUAGAUCAUCUUAUUGACCGCCGUGUAAUGUACAUAAACGCCCACAACCACUGUAAUCGCAACCCCUUUGUUUGUUUCGCU